AUGAAAGUCACGUUCUUGAUUGUCAUCCUAAAAUCAGCUUACGUCCUUACAAAUAUAGAUUCUAAAUUGCUUGACAAUCAUGUGGAAGAAAAAUGUUCAUACAGAAUUCAUGUACCGAUGGACGUUCAACGUUUGUGUCAACCAAGUGAGAUGUUUAAAAGUCAUCCAAGGAUAAUCAGAAGUUCUAUUUGGAUAAAUCCAAACCAGUUCAUUAGCCACCACAAGAUAUCAGAAGAUUAUCCAGAGAUACAUCAGGGAAAUCAUCAUUCGGUGUCCAGAGACUAUCCCCAACCUAACCUUAUUCGGUUAAUUCGUCGAAAAGUCCAUCAGGAAGCGGAAAAUUGA